UAUGGAUAUAACUAAACAAAUACAAUUAUCCUGAUAAUUACUAAUAAUUAUCAGAAUAACAAUCCUGAUAAUUGUUAGUGAUUAGGAUCAGCAAUGUUGCCGAGGAAGCAACAUCCUCAGCAACAUUGAUAAUGAAGACUACCAAACAAACUUGCUAUUUUCACUGAAACUGGAUUUGAUUUAGAGAAAUGUAGUUUUAAACUCUAACUUUUCUAAACUCCUGCAGCAGCUGGCUGAGCUACAGUGCUAAUGCUAGCUAACAUAAACAGGAACAAGAAAUGCAGAUUCAGUUACAGCUGCUGUUUUCUCUUUUUCAUUUGUGAAAGUUUUAAGUUGCUCUGUCCUUCAGCUUCCGGACCAAACAAAUCAAACCAUGAAUCUUUAGCAGCUCAAAUCUAUUCAACCUUUUGACAUCAUAAAUUCAUCUCCAUCAGCAGCAGCCAGCAGCUCCUAAACAGACAUUAUUUGUCCAUUGGAUCUCUAAUCCUCAGUACCUUCGAGCUCAGUGGCUCAGACAGACAGCCUGCUUCUUUCAGACUCAUGCCCGCCUCCCUCUCCUUCCCUCUGGGGGCCGCUGCCCCUGAACCGGCCUAAAGCAGCAGCAGGAUGUUCGCAGGCUCAGCCUCUGUGCAAGGAAACAUGAGCAGGCGCAGAUAUUCAGAGUCCCGGGCCGCCGGAUAAAACCAGAGGAGGAGACGGCGGUCCGUGUGGUUGGAGCUCAGAAACUCAGGCGGGGAACAUGUGAGCGGGGCAUGGGCGGCUGGGAGCGGGAUUAUUGUUCAGCACAGCCGAGAGACGCAGGAGGGAGCCGGGGAAGGAGAGACGCGGGGACACUUUCCCUCCACGAACCUUUUGGAUUUGAGCGCAGCAGAGAGAUCUGCGGACCGAGCGGCCAAAGAUGAACACCGUUGUGUUUAACAAGCUGAGCAGUCAGGUCCUGUUUGAGGAGAAGGCGAAGGAAGUGGAAAUGAGCAGCAGAAAUUACCUGGAGGUCAUCGACGGCCAACAUCCGGACCUCCUCUGCAGCAGCCCGGCCAUCAGAGACAGCCAGGCGGCCAGACACAGGCGGAGCGGGGGUCGUCCCAGCGGCAGCAAAGUGCGACACAAGCGCCAGGCCCUGCAGGACAUGGCGCGGCCGCUCAAGCAGUGGCUCUACAAGCACAGAGACAACCCGUACCCGACCAAGACGGAGAAAAUCCUGCUGGCGCUCGGCUCACAGAUGACUCUGGUCCAGGUGUCCAACUGGUUCGCCAACGCCAGGAGACGCCUGAAGAACACGGUGAGGCAGCCGGACCUGAGCUGGGCGCUCCGGAUCAAACUCUACAACAAAUACGUUCAGGGCAACGCAGAGAGGCUGAGCGUCAGCAGCGACGACAGCUGCUCCCAAGAUGGAGACAACCCUCAGAGGACACAGAGCGGUCCUCAGGAUCUCACCAAGCCCUUGUACCAGAGCGUCAUCAAGAAAGAGGGCUCCCCCAUGGUGGGCGUGGCCAUCGGCAUGGACCCAGGGCUGCGUUCUGCCGUGGAGACCGAGGACUACGUGUCUCCACCCAAGUACAAGAGCAGCCUGCUGCACCGCUACCUGAACGACUCUCUGCGGCACGUCAUGGUGGCCAACGCUGUCAUGGACGCUCGCAAGAGGAACCACUCUGGCUCCUUCAGCUCCAACGAGUUCGAUGACGAGCUGCUGUCGCCGUCGUCUUCUGAAGCUGAGGCCCACUUCGUCUAUCGAGCCGAAGCCACAGACCAUGGAUCAAGUCAACAUGACAAGGGCAACGGUGGCGUCGCAGCGACGCAGAAGGAGAAGGUGAAGGCCAAAGAUGAGACGUACUGGAAGGAGAUCAACGCCGCCAUGGCCUUGACCAACUUGGCUCAGGGGAAGGACAGCGUCUCCGGGACAACCAGCUGCAUCAUCCAGAAGUCCUCCCAUAUAGCCGAGGUGAAGACUGUUAAAAAGGUUCUAGCUCUGACGUCCUCCCAUCCAAAUGUAGAAACCAGCAAACAUUCCUCUCUCAGCAAGUUUGAACUGAACUCCCCUUUAAAUGAAGAGAACUGUUACUUACGGAGGGAAAAGGGCUUGUUUAAAGCUGAAGAAGAAAUCAUUUUGUCAUAUUGAAGUUCCCAUUUUUUAAUAUUUCCCUGCCAUUAUCAGUGCCUUAAUAUUCCCAUUCUUGAAGCAAGAAAUGUUUGUAAUGUUAUAUUAUUAUCCAAAGUGUCCUUAAGAUCCAUAAACACGAUUUUGAAGAAAUCAAACUGAAAACCUUCUGAUUACCAGACUCUUACCACAGAGCUGCCUCAGAUUUACCACUAAAUCAGCCUUCAACCCGGUCACCGUGAUGCCUUUGCCACGGCUGCUUUUUCUGUUCAGCAAUAUAUCAUGUGACUAGUGAAAUUAAAAAUUUCAAUGAGAAUGACAAUUUCUUGCUCAGUUGAUCAGGUGCUGAUGUGAACUAUUGUGUGCCUCAUGGUUGUGUUGGGGUUGCCUGGAUGUCUGGUUGUUUUGUUUUGGUCAGUUUUGUUUAUCCAGACUGUUGCAUUAGGAUCAUGUCUUGGCAUCCAGUGGAAAGAGUCUGUUUCUAGAGAAAAUACUUUUCCUAAUGGUGCACAUGUCAUAAACUUUUGUGGUGAGCUUGGAAAAGCUCACAGUUGUAAAAAAAAAAAAAAGAAAACCCUCAUGUCCUUGGGAGAAAGUGAAGUUGGCCCUCUGUGCUGACUUUUAAUUUAAUACGCCUUCAAGGUAUUGUUCAUGUGUUAUGAAACCGAAAGUGUAACAUGAAUUGCUCAGUUUGAGUUUUAUGAUAUGCAGACUGUUAUGGUCAAGGACUUUGCAAACGAGUGAAGUUGCACAGUGACUUUUCUUUUGUUUGUUUUUUUUUGUCUCAAAUAUUUAACAAAAGUCUGUACUUAAAGUUUGUGGUUGGGGAGGUGUUUCAACAAAAUGAAACAAAGUUCAAGAAAUGAAGGAUAUCUUUGCGUUACUUCAGUCAGUGUGCCUAAACAAGUAGAAGGAAAUGAGUCAAACCUGCCAAUCCCCAGUAAGGCUGUUGGCCUCCUAUAGGUGUUUCUAUACAUCGGAUCCAGGCAGGGAGGAACUGGAUCCCCACCUUUGUCUCUGAACUUCUGGGUCACUCAUGAGCCUCACAACUCGCACACUGAGAGGAGGCAGGGGAAGGUAGGAAGGGUUCAGGGACAGAAAGUCUCUGCUGCCCUAACAACCAGAGACCGGUCACACUGGUUAGCCCAUGAAGUCUUCAACAAACUCUCCACUUCAUCUGGGAGGAUCCAGUCAGAACCUUUAAAUACACAUUUUAACAUGUUUCUUCAUACCUUACCUGCCUUGUAAAGUAACUAUACCAGCUGGAGUGUGAAGCCUCACUCAGGGAACGAUGGUUACCUGCCUAAUCUGUCUGCAUUACGGCCAGUCAACAGAACUCUGUUAGGGUCGACGGUACAGUAAAUAAAUCAGGGAGGAGGUGAAAUGAGGACAAACAAUGAAGCUCAUUCCAAUCAUUUUGUAAAUUAAGUUUCUGUAUCAAUGAACUGAAGGCAUCGUCUGUGAUCCUGGACAGAGUCGAUGCCUUACCAGGGAGAACCUUGUUCCCCUGACAACAGAGGAGUCAUUAUGCACAUUGUAGCAUCACACAGUAAAUCAGGACACAUAGGGAUGAAACAGAAAGAUGUUUUCAUUAUUUAUAUUUAAAAUGGCAACGAUCAGAUUGUUUUUAUGUUGACUCACAAAGUGAGAUUUUUUUAAUGUUAUUUUAUUUUUUGCUUAUUCAAAUGGAGACUGGAUGUUCAGUCCAAUGACCAAAUACAUAUCUCCCUUUUGAUUGAUUUGUUUUCAUGUGAAGUUGUUUUUUUUUAUGGUGUUUUGUAACAACAAUGAAUAAAUCUCUGAAUGAA